UCCAGACACUCCCUCUUUCCUUCAAUUCAAUUCAAUUCUCCUCCCCACACAUCAAACAUAGUAUUUAGGUUUCUGCACCCAAUCAAACGCACUCUGUUCCGACAUCAACUAACUCUGAACUCCCAACUUCUUCGUGUCGUCGUUAAUUCCGAAUUAAUUAAUUAAUUAACUAAUUAAUUAGUUAAUUGAUGACUACUGCUAUGGAGGUAGAGCGUGACAAGUACAAGAUGAUCGAUUUCGAAGAAACCGAGUUGCGACUCGGGUUGCCGCUGAGUUCAAACGAAAGCGAGUCCACGCUCAUCAGAAACACUUCCGGUUGUUCCUUUACCGGGAAGAGAGGGUUUUCCGAUACAAGCAGCGGUAGCGUGGAUUUGAAGCUUAACCUUUCCUCAACCUCAAACAAUGUCUCCGCCUCUUCCUCUUCUGACAUGGCCAAAGAAAACAACGCUUCUGCAGCUGCUAACAUCACCACACCUCCUUCUCCUGCUCCUGUCAAGGACCCAGCAAAGCCACCUGCAAAGGCACAAGUGGUAGGUUGGCCUCCUGUGAGAUCAUUCAGAAAGAACAUCGUGAACAAUGUUCAAAAGGGUAACAACAGCAGCAACAAAGAGGGGGUAAAAGGUGGCGCAAGUAACAGCAGCAGUGGGAACACAGGAGCAGCUUUUGUUAAGGUGAGCAUGGACGGUGCUCCUUAUCUACGUAAGGUAGAUUUGAAGGUGUACAAGAGCUACCAAGAGCUGUCGGAUUCCCUUGCAAAAAUGUUCAGUUCAUUCACCAUUGACAAGUGUGGAUCCCAAGGCAUGAAAGACUUCAUGAACGAGACCAAAUUGAUUGAUUUUCUCAACGGCUCUGAUUACGUUCCCACCUACGAAGACAAAGAUGGAGACUGGAUGCUCGUCGGUGACGUACCCUGGGAAAUGUUCGUGGAAUCCUGCAAGCGUCUGCGUAUAAUGAAAGGAUCUGAGGCAAUCGGGCUAGCACCGAGAGCAGUGGAAAAGUGCAGGAACAGAAGCUAGAGUUGAAUGUGUACAUUAACUCCAUGUUCCAGAACAAUGUGCUGUGUUUGGUUGGUAUCCAUGGGAAGCAUCGAUGCUGAUUAUAAUUAAUUUGUGGAGCAAGGAGUUGUCUAAUUAAUAUAGGAGGCAAGUUGUUGUUAUGUAUAAUGUGUCGGUACCAUUUUUUAGAAAUAAUUUUCUUGUAUAUGUAUUGUGUAUUUUAUAUAUAUAUGAGAAAAAUAGUUGGAACUCA